AUGUACAAAGAAUUAAGAGAAAGAGUUCGGAAAGAGAAGAAGGCAUUCAAGUGGCAAGUGAGAAAGCAGCAAAAGUGUAUUAAUCUCUCUAUUCGUGAAGAUCAAUGUGAUAGCUCAGACGAUGACAAUUCGAGGGCGAAUUCUCGCCACCCAUGGGAGAAUGAUGCGGUAGAAGAAGUGGCAAAUCGGUGUAAAGCUAUACAGUGUAUAAUUUCAGCAGUUCGUGGGAUAUUGAAGAAGGCUGAACUGAGAUUGCCAGAGAAUCUAGUAGGGCUUGACCAUCACGUAGAAGAGAUAGUGAGAAGACUUGAUGUUGCUUCUAAUGAUGUACGAAUCAUUGUCAUUCAUGGGAUUGGAGGGGUUGGCAAGACAACGCUUGCAAAGGCUGUUCACAACCAACUGUGCCAUCAGUUCGAUGCUUGCAGUCACGUCGACAACAUUCAGGAAGCAUCAAAAGAAAUAAGUGGACUUCGUAAAAAGGUUCUCAUUCUCCUUGAUGAUUUGGACGACUGCAAACAACUAGAAUUUCUGGGGGAGCCGAAUCAGUAUGGUCCAGGAAGCAGGAUAAUUGUGACAACAAGGAAAAGUGACAUUCUUAAAGCUGUCGAGAAUUAUGAAGUUGAAUGCAUGAAUUGUGAUCAAGCUCUUCAACUUUUCUGCAAGCAUGCAUUUCAUAUGGAUACCCCUCAAGUGGGCUAUUACCAUCUUUCCAGGGAAAUAGUUUCAGCUGUUAAAGCGCUUCCUUUAGCUCUUGAGGUUAUAGGAUGUUGUUUAUUUACUGAAGCAAUGGAUAUUUGGGAAGGCACGCUUGAGAAAUUGAAACAAAUACCUGAUGCAGAAGUCAAGGAGACGUUGAUGAUAAGUUAUGAAUCCCUAGAUGAGAGCGAAAAGGAGAUAUUCCUUGAGAUAGCUUGUUUUUUCAUUGGAAAAGAUCAGAGAAUCGCACAUUAUAUGUGGGAAAACCAUAAAUUUAUUGCAAUUAAGACGCUGAUUUCCCAAUCUUUGGCGAAAAUUGGAGACAAUAGUGUGCUGUGGAUGCAUGAUUUCCUAAGAUAUCUUGGCCGCGAAAUUGUUCGAAAUGAGAGUCCUGAUGAACCUGGAAAAUGCAGUCGGCUAUGGAAUCAUGAAGACGCUAUCUCCACGCUGCAAAAUAGAAAGGGAACUCGAAAGGUCUUUGGACUUGGUCUGGCAUUUAAUGAUGAAUCCAAGAGUUUCAGUCCAGGAGACUUUAAUCCUCUAUCAAACUUAAGGUUCCUCAAAUUGGACCAAGCAAAUAUUCAAGGGGAUUUCCGGAACUGUCUGCCGACUUUAAGGUCGCUUGAUUGGGCAGGUUGCUCUAAAAUGGCUGAUCUUCUUAACUUGCAUCUUGAUGAUGUAGUCAUCCUCGAUCUUUCGUACAGUCAAAUUACUAGAGACACAUACAGUUGGACCGAAAUCAUGAAGUCGACUAGGAAACUGAAAGUUUUAGACCUCAAAGCCUGCGUGAACCUUUCCGGAUGUCUUGAAUUCCCCGCUCCAAUGACCUUAAAAGUAUUGACUCUUGAAGAUUGUCGCCGGUUGAGGCAAAUUGAUCAAUCCAUCCGCUAUCUCAAGGAAUUAGAGUCCUUAAAUUUGAAGAUGUGCUGUGAAGUUGCCUAUUUGCUAAGUGAAUUGAGUUUCAUGACAUGUUUAAAGGAGCUUCUAAUUGAUGGAACUUCUGUAAGUAAACUACAUUUCCCAAAGGGGUCGAUGAAGCAACUUGAAACUCUCAGCGUUCAUGGCUGUAAACAACUGGGUGAGAUAACCGAUUCGAUCGGUGGUCUUCAGUCUCUUUUGCAUCUUGCUCUGGAUGAUGCGAUUAUAGAGAAACUGCCGAGAUCAAUUGGUGAACUAGCAAAACUUGAAUCUCUGUCUCUGCGGAACUGUCAAAAUCUUCUAGAGCUUCCCGACUCUGUUGGUGGUCUGGAUCGCUAUCUGAUAUAG